AUUUUUGUGUGUGAUGGAAGAUUUAGUCAAAUUGAAAAAGAAAAUAUCCUCUUAUUUCAAAUUAAGCGGGUUUCUUAUACUUUCCGAGAAUAGUGAAUAUUUAGCCGGACAACUGCUGCCCUUUGACACUGCGGAGCGGGAGAAAUGGUUGACAAUCAUCACAGAAAAUUUACAAAGCCAACGUUUAAAAUCUCAACUUGUUGAACGCCCGGCUUUGGAAAAAGCCAUUAACGAAAUAAAUCGUGUAGGUUUGGAUGAAGAUCAGACAGUGUUUUCUGUAAUUGACGCCUUUUCGAUACCCAGAUAUGACUACAAUCGGCAAAGCAAAAAAUUUGAAUUGUCCAGUGAACCGCGAGUUCUAUUAACUAAACCUUUUAUGAAAACUGGUCACUUAAGGCAACGAUACGAGCUUUUAUUGCAGAAAACAUUACGCCAUGAAUUGUUCGCUCCGGCCGUAAUAGAAAAUGGUGUGUCGGCAGAAUCCAGAAUUAAAAAGUUCAAGUUAUUAUAUUGUGAAAAUUUACUGGCCACGUCAGUAGUGGAAGAAGCUGUGGUCUUGGGGUUAUUGACACAGCUGAAAGAGGGUAAAUUUUUCAUAGAGGAUCCUACCGGCUAUGUAGAAUUAGACUUGAGCGCAACCCGUUUUCAUGCUGGCUUUUUUUGCGAAGGUUGUUUUGUUUUAGCUGAGGGUGCUUAUGACGAAGGUGUCUUAAAAGUGGAUGGCUUAGGUUUUCCCCCGGUUGAGUCGGCCGCCUCGAGUAGAGCAUUUUUUGGCACUCAAAAUAGCUGGGGUGGAGAUUCCAGGAAAUUGUUAAAGUAUUCUAGCCAAUUACAAGAAUUGGAGCGUUCCAAUUCUGAGGCCACUAUAGUCUUCCUUUCCGACGUACGUUUGGAUCAACCUAUGGUAAUGGAAAAGUUGCGUUUAUUAUUUAUGGGCUACGAUUCUUGCCCUCCAGUGGCCAUAAUUUUAAUGGGACCAUUUGCCGUUUCGGAACGACAACCACAUGCUUUACGUUCUCACUUCGAUGCGUUAGCAGCUUUGGCUAAUGAUUGUGAUCGAUUAAAACAAGAAACUGAACUCAUUUUAGUACCUUCCUGUGAGGAUCCCACUGCUCCAAAUAUAUUACCACGACCAGCUAUACCCAAAACUUUAGCUAGUGGAUUGUUAAAAGCUUGGCCUCGCACCAAAUUGCUGACCAAUCCUUGUCGCUUGCAGUACUGCACUCAACAAAUUGUAGUUUGCCGUUUGGAUUUAAUGGCCAAAUUUUGUCGUAAUACUUUGCACUUUCCCACCGACAUUAAUAAUAUAGAACAGCAUUUUGCUCGCACUUUAAUAUGUCAGGGACACUUGACUCCUAUACAUCCUAUAGCAAGUCCCGUUUAUUGGGACUAUGAUGCUGCACUCUGGCUAUAUCCUUUGCCAGAUCUUAUAGUUAUUGGCGAUUCGUGUCAAAGUUUUACCGUUUCACAACACGGCUGCACGGUGCUAAAUACUGGAUCGUUUCUAAAAUCGAAAUUUUCUUUUAAAGUGUAUAUACCAUCGACUAAAACUAUAGAAGAUUCAGAGAUACCGGACAAUAUGGCCGAUUAAGUAAGCAA